CUCAAAGACUGAAACGGAAUGUGGACGAUUGUAAGUAAAUGAAGAGAGAAAGGACCAAGAAAAAUACGCAGGUUAUGAUGAUGAUGCAAGUAGCGUUGCGUCGACUGAUGCUUCCGCUCGUCGCGCUACUUUGCUUUUCGUCUGCCGCUUCGCAUCCUACCUUUUCUGGAAAUAAAAGAAUCGAGAAAAUAGUUGUGCAUCCACAGACUGGAGAUGUCUAUGUAGCAGCAGUGAACAGGAUCUACCUUCUAUCGGACUCGCUGGUGAAGCAACAAGAACAUGUGACUGGGCCAAAGCACAGCGAUGGGAGAUGCUUUCCUAAGGCAUGGAAUGUUCCUCCCGAGAAUAUCUGCGAUGAUUCUAAGGCCCUAACUGAUUUUCACAAUCAGUUGUUUCUUCUCAAUGAGACAAGCUCCGUGUCUUCUGACACACUCGUUGUUUGCGGUAGUGUAGUAAGUGGAGAGUGCAACUUCUAUUCUGCGGAGAAUGUUUCGUCUAUUUUGAUUUCAGCAGUGGAAGUAUUGAGUAAAUCGUCUACUGUACACGUUCCUGUUCUUGUUGGUACGGAGGCAACGUUGAGCACAGCUGCAGUAAUUGCUACUGCUCAUGGUGAUUCUGCUCUCUAUGUUGCAACCUAUAGAGAGCGUUCUUCACUACAGCUUGUCACCAAACCAGUCAUGAAUGUUGUGAGUCUAGAGAGGAGUGAUUUGUUGAAGCAACUAGGCUCUCUCGAUUUUACUCAAUGGAUUGGCAUGGGUAUAGAAUCUCGUCCUCGACAGAGCUUCACAAGUGGACAGUUUGUUUACUUUACAUCGUAUCAAGAGGAUAGGACCAAUACUCGUGCCUACCGAACUGUUUUGUCUCGAAUCUGUAAAGAUGAUUCUGGUCUAGGGAGUAGCUCUUCUACAUUAUAUGGUUAUAUGGAAGCUACGAUCAAAUGUCAAAAUAGCUCACACUCGUUUAGUUUUCUUACGUCUCAGACAAUAUUCAACCCAGGAAAAGCUUUACAGACAGCUUUGAAUUUGAGCAGCUCUGAAGAUCUUCUUAUUGCUUUGUUUGCAGAAACUUACGAUAAGAAUACUGACAUACUGAAUGGUGAUUUUGCUGUCUGCAUAUACAAAAUGGCAGAUAUUGAACAGAAAUUUAAAGAAACACAAGAUAAAUGUAGAAAAGGAGAUAGCUCAAUAAUGAAAGGAUUUGAAAGAGACGGAACAAACACUGAAUCAUGCACAGAUCUUACUGCUAUAUGGAAUGAACAGUCAUGCUCACCACCAGACGGUACAUCAGUCUUGUUGGAAGUUGGCAGUGUUAUUUUGUCUCAACCAGCUUUUAUCAAGAGAACAUUUGAGAUCACAAGUGUUGCUGUCGCUGUUGUUGGGAAAUCUACUGUUGCAUUUUUUGGAACUGCUAAUGGUCACCUUUUAAAGAUGAUACUGCCAGAUCUCACAACAGUAACUGAAAUAAGUAAUACACUUCUUACAGAGCUGACAACAUCUACAGAAAUUCAUUCACUUGCUUUCAGUCUUGACAACAAGUAUCUGUUUGCUGUGUCAGAAUCAGAGGUUGUGAAAGUUCCUGUAGAAACAUGCUCAUCACUUAAAUCUUGUGACCAAUGUGUUGCUAGCAAUGAUCCAUUUUGCGGUUUCUGUGUGUUGGAGAACAAGUUUGUCUCAUUAUAA